AUGGUCAUUAGACAUAUACGGAAGAGAGGGCACAAGAAUGAUACAAGCUCUGAAUCUGAAUCCGAUUCAAGCUCAUCCGAUUCAUUAGAAGAGAAAGUAGUAACAAAAUCAAUCGUUAAUGAAGAGUCAAGAGUUAUAAAGAAGAAUGAUACUUAUAGUAGUAGCGAUGAAGAAUCAGAUAGCAGUGAGAGUAGCAGUAGUAGCAGUGAUGAAGAAAUCAUUUUCCAUCGGCCAAUACUCUUGAACAAAAAUCCAACCAAUGAAAAAAUACGUAAUGAAACAAAACCUAUUUCUGCCAUUUCAAAUUUAAACAAAAUUAGAAAAACACUUGACUUAGAACAAAGUGAGAGGAAUGAAUUGAAUAUAUUGGGAAACAAUUACUCCACAGACCAAGAUCUUAUUAAAAAAAUUCUAUUGCUAAAUGACAAUGAUACCAUUGAUGCUGAGAAUGAGAAAAAAUUAUGGGAAAAUAGACAACUGAAAAGAAAGCAAGAUUAUAAGGAUACUUUGAUUGAAAAACAGUUGUUAUUAGAACAAUAUGAGGCAAACAAAUAUAAAAAUGCAUUACUUCCUUUAGAAGGAACAGAAUUAGGAAAUGAUCAUGAUCAAGAUUCCAACGACAUUCCAAAGAAAAAAAGAUUGGAAAGUUCUUAUAGAAAAAAAGAUUUUAAACCUAAAAGGGUUCAAGAUAUGAAAAUGCAAAAGGAUUUAGUUCACACAACUUCGUAUGAUCCUAAUGAUUCUGAAUAUGCAACGUAUCAAUCAUAA